AUGGCGACGAUGGAGAAGUCAGGAAGAUUGUGGUUAAACGUGAGAGUUUGUGUUGUUUUGGUGGUUCUGCAGCUGUUUUCUUCGCGAUAUGUUUCAUGUGUUCCAUUAAACGGUAAAAGUCCUGCUGAAGAUCCCGAAGCACAGCCUGUAAAGACCUCUCUGGCCCCAGCAACUGCACAAUUUAACGAGGAAACCACGUCUUCUCAAGACACCACAACACCUCUGAAAAACACAACAGAGGCUUCGCCUGCCAAGACAUCAGCGACAAACACAACUUCUGAAUCUCGGCCCGCUGUCAGUAAGGGAGGCGACAAAGUGGCUGACGCAGUGAGCAACACAGCUAACGCUACUACGACUAGUACAGCAACUACUACGACUACUACUACUACUGCAACCACUUCUGCAGCAGCGCCAGCCAACUCCAACAGCUCCGAUGAGUCCCCUGAUAGGCCCAAGCCUGACGAGCCCACCAGCAAACCCCGCCCCACAGACAAAUCUGGACCAGUCCCAGACUACGACUCCACUGACUCCCCUGAGGUGGAUAUAGACAGACCCUACAUUGAAGACGAUGAGGAGGAUGACUACAGUGAAUACCAGAGCAACCCUCCAUACAUAGGGAACCCUGACUUCACCAGAAACCUGGCCAAUGAGGACUUUACCCAGGACGAGGAUGACAUAGGUCCAGACCUGGGCCAGGCAGGAGGCCCUGCCAAAAUCGACGUCCACUUGAAGCAGACCACCAUUUACACCACAGAGAGUGACGAGGACUCCCACUUCUUCUUCCACCUGGUCAUCAUUGCCUUCCUGGUCGCCAUCGUCUACAUAACCUAUCACAACAAGAGAAAGAUCCUCCUGUUGGCUCAGAGUCGACGCUGGAGAGAAGGCCUGUGCUCUCGCAGCGUGGAGUACCGACGUCUGGACCAGAAUGUUCACGAGGCCAUGCCCUCUCUCAAAAUGACCAAUGACUACAUCUUCUAGAGCCCAGACACACGCUGCAGUAGCUCUAAUGCCCGCCUUAUCUCUGGAGAUUCUCUGAUUGGUUAGAAUAGAGGACAGACACAGUGUCCACCACACCUGUGUCGUCUGUGUAUAUUUAGAGCUGCCCAGUGGCUCUGGUGUUGGUAUAUUUUAUAUGGUUGUUUGGGGCUUUUCCCUUAGUUUUUCAUGCAUCUCACUGUUUCAGACCCAUGUAGAUGAAUGGAAAAGGAAGAUGUGUUUGUCUAAACCCGACCGGUUUCUCAGCCUUGCUGUACCUGUACCGAAGUGCACAAUGUUUUUCUUUUUCUUUUCCCGCCUCUUUCAAUGCCUGCCUUUGUUUACUGUUUCAUGAGUGAGGGGGGGGGGGUCUGUCUUUUUUUUUAAACAGUUUAAAAUGAGCCAGUGCUUCAGUUUUAGGUUGAUGAUGUGUAGGUCUUCAGAAUUCAGAAGUGAACCUGAUUUGUGAUGCUGAUUUUUGAACGCAGUAGUCUCUUGUGUUGGCUGAUACCCUGAACGGCCUUGGCAGUCCCAGUAUCACCAGUACAAAUGCCAUGUCUCUGUUCUGGGCGGCCCUCCGCUGACGGAGACGUGCAGACGUGAUCAGAUCAGAGCGUCGGUUGCUUUUACACAGCCCAUAACAAACCUGUCAGUCCCUUCACUGCACCUGGUUUGGUGUGUGUGUGAUUUUCAGUCUGGUGUUUGUGUAUUGAACCCAUGCUCAGGACACACUAAUGUGUCUGUACUAUCAGAACAUUCUCCUCUGGUCACACUGCGGAUCUCUAUACUACAGUUCAUUUCUGUGGCCAGGGAAAUCACAGUCUCCCAUUGAACUGAAGUCUGGAGAUUUACUGUCUGCUGAUCCAGACUUUGUUGUUGGCAUUGCCAUUGUAUUAAUUUAAUGUAGUAUUUCUGGGGGUUUUUUCUUGAUUCUUUUUGCCAUUUACAGUGAAAUGAUUGAUGGAUUCAGCACUUUCCAUAACCCACUGUGGUAGAUUUUUAAAAAAUUACUGUAAACGCAUUAAAAUCUGUAGAAAGUUCACACAGGCGAUGUUAGUGGGUAAGUGUGAUGUAAUCUGGUUGGCCAGGUGGGUGUCUGGGGGUGGGCUUUGUUUUAUGACUUCAGUGAAGUUACUUACACGACUUGCGCUAUUGUGACAAAUGUACUCUGUCCUCAACAAAACUCAUCAUGUAAGAUAAGAGAAUCAACUUUUCUUUUUUUUUGGCACUUGGCUUUGUCUUCAGGUUAGAUGAGUGUUAUUUUUCUUAACUGUUGAUAAAUGUCUACGCAGAAUCUGUAUCAUUGUUUAGAGGAGCUAUUGUAGACAUACUGAUUUGCCAACCUAAAACUCUGUAACUCUGUGCUCAGACUUUGGUAAUACUGGGAUGGUCUCUGGCUGGUUGGAUUCUCAGAUGCAGUGGCGUGUCUUGGCAGUGCUCUCUCUGUCUGCCUGUGUCGUGUGUUUGCAGGGUGUCAGGCUGGUGUAGGGCUGUGUUAAUGGUACGUUGAUAAUCAGAAGCAUUAAUAAGAGAGCUGGAGAAGGUCUCUCCAGGCAUGUGAUGUAGGGGAGAAUACUCCUGGACACUACUUCUGCAUUCAGCUAUUUAAACUCUGCAGUAUUUCACCAAUAAAGCUCAGCCAUCACUGGA